UUAUAGUAAGUUGAAAAAUUAAACAUCAGUCGAUAAUAAAAUUUUCAACGUGUAACAGCUGACCGCGUACCAGUCCUUAUUUGACAGUUAGGCACGCUGGUCAUUUAACCAGACGUCAAAUUUUAUCCUCUUUGAUAAAUGUUCCACUAGCUCAUGAUUAUCUAUGAAUUUAGGCGUAUUCAAUAGAGUUAAUCUCAAGGAUUCCGGAGGAGGAAUGUAUUCAGAAUGGGCAUCAUUGAGUGCUUUGAUACAAAGAGGCUCAGACGAAAGCCGAAGUGUUUUGGAAAAAUUUUCCUCUGGAGCUGGACGUGAAGUAGCUCUUCCAGUUGUACGACAAUUAGCAUCUAACCUCGGAAUUACCCAGGCCGCUGAACCCAGUCCGUUGACAACAGACAAAGAAGUUCAGUGGUGCAUGGAAGUGAUAUGUUUUGGACUGUCAUUACCACUUGCUGAGCAUGAUACGGUUAGAGAUUGUGUUAAUGUUUAUUGCGAGUGGCUGUCAGCGUUGUACGCUUCACCAAAGAUCUCUGUACCAAAACCUAUUGUUGAAGAUCCUAAUUUUUAUGCGCGAAAAAUGAUCAGUCAUUUUCACAAUUUAUUUGUCCCCAGAAAAGGUGAAGUCUGGCCCUUUUUAUAUCAGGACUUAGGGGCUGAUACAAUAAAUCGACAAGCAGUACUUUGUCACCGAGUAUUGCGAACCCUUCAGCAAGUAGCGAGAAGUCAAGCUACUUUGGAAAGCGAAACCUGGGAAAGUUUGUUAUUAUUUUUAAUUGGUAUAAAUGAUGCGUUACUUGCACCACCUGCUGUAAGAGAAGAUGCUGGAGAACAGCUUUGCGAACGAGUUCUCGGUGUUUUACUUGAAGUAUGGCUGGUAGCGUGUGAAAAAAAUUUUCCAUCUCCUCCAUUGUGGAGAACUCUUCGAGAGUCUUGUUUACGUUGGCGCCAUCGUCUUGCUUUAAUAGAGCAAUGGAAUCGCGUUUGUUUGGCUUUAACAGCAAAAUUAUUGACUAUAAUGUACGGUCCGAUGUUUCCAGAGUUAAAAAUAAGUGAAGAAGAUGCACAAGUGGUGCCGCCGACAAUGUCAGAUGAGGCAGUAACGCAAGCAUGGUACCGACUAUUGCGUACUGUUGGCGACCCGGUCGAUUUAUGUAGACCAGCUGUAAUAUCACAGACACAAGCUUUCUUACAAUAUGCGAUAGCAAGUCCCAAUGUUGUGGAUCCUUGUCAUCACCCAUGUCUUCAAAGUUUACCGCAAAUAUUUUUAAAAGCAAUAAAAGGAAUUGCCGGACAAGUUGAUGCGUUUCUCGGAAUUUCGCAAGCCUGUUGCUGGGAAGAGUGCUGUGUGACUAGCAGUACACCAGGAUCUAGUAUACACGGAGUAGGAGGUGUUGGCAUGGAUAGGAUUAACAACAGAGAUCAAUCGCAACCGUCGCCUACGCCUCCAACGCAACGGCGACUUGCCAAGAGUUUCAGCGUCACACCUUCUGCUGUCACUAAGGGCAUACCUAAAGCAUCUCUCAUUGGUUUAACGAGCAGCCGACUUUCUAAUUUGCCACCCACUAUUGCUAAUUCUGGACCAUCUUCUACGUCAAGCACAGCGUCUGUCACAUCUCUUGGUCAUGAUGUGAGACCUCCUUUGGCACCGGGACGACCUAAAUGUAAUAGCAUUCUUCAUUUAUUUGGUGAAUGGCUAUUUGAAGCCGCUUUUAUCGGUACUGAUGGAUGGUCGCAAAAUUUGCCACGCUCGAAACGUCCAUCAUCUGUAUUAGUCGAAGGUCCAAGCUCACUACAAGAAACAAUUACUGAAAUCCCCUCGUCUUUAAGCAUUGAUCGGUAUGAAUCUGGUAGAGCGGAAGCUAUGGGGGCUCUUUGUCGUAUUUUCUGUGCAAAAAAAACUGGAGAAGAAAUACUGCCGGUCUACUUGGCGCGAUUUUAUCAAGCCAUGUACCAGGGUCUCAAAGUAAAUGAGCCGCGGGAAUGUGGUGAAACCCUUGCUAGUAUUUUAAUAAACUCUUCUGACCUUUUUCGACUGGACUUGGACGGAAUUGAAAUACUUGCUCCUACAGUUAUAACUGCUCUUGAAUUGGUAUUACCUGACAAGGAUUUAAAAUUAAAGUCGACAUCAGUAUCGAAAAUUGAAUUGAGAAGAUCAUCUAUUCAGUUACUGAUAUCAAUGCUUGUUCUGCCGAUUCAUUAUCAGAAUCUUCCAAUUCGUGAGCUACCUACCCCUGGAAGUUUUAAUCAGGAUAAACCAUUAAUAACUUUUGGUCAACUAAAGCCUCGACUAAUGAAUUUAUUGAUUAAUGCUCUUCAAGUAGAGACUGAUCCUCUAAACACGCACAUGUUACUUGGUGGAUUAUUGCUCAGCGUUCAAGACUCUGCAAUAGUCGAAGAAGUAGAACAAUCAGUAGCUCAACAUACAUUAACAAAUGAAACUCCAACAAAUUUACUAUCAUCUGUCAGCAGCGAUUCAACAAGUCAGAUAAGCAUUUCAAGUGAUCAACGAUCGCUCAGUGGGACUUCUGACGGUGGUACUGUCCAAGAAGAAAGUCCGUCUUUCGAUUCAGCUCACGCUCUUUUUUUGAGAGCAACUUAUUUAGUUUGUCAUCGAUUAAUAUCAUCAUGGAAAACAGAUCUGAACAUUUCUCUGGCCGCUCUGGAGUUAUUAGCAGGUUUAGCACGAACAAAAAUACGUGAAACGGCUAGACCACUUACAGAUGCUUUGGAAUGUAAAAGAGCCGUUAAAUGGCUGUGUGACUACAUAACUUAUCAGUGCUGGCGACCACCUCCAGCUCAUUCAAAAGACUUACAUUCCUCGAUAGUCGCUGCUUUUGGUUGUUUGACAACCUGGCUAACUGCUCAUCCACAAUUACUUCAGGAUAAAGACUGUCUUACAACUGUUUUUGAAGUCGUGGAGCUCGGAAUAUCAGGAUCAAAAAGUGUCGGGAAACCGGGAGAGCCAAUUAAAAUGAAAGAUGAAAAAGAAUUGAAGCCAGCGUCUAUGCGAGUACGAGAUGCAGCAGAUGCUCUUUUGACAGUGAUUCUCGAACAGGUUGGUUACUUUCCUAGUCCGUGUGGUGCUCAAUCACUUUCAUCACUUAUAGACGAAGUAAUUUUAAUUCAAAAAUGUAAAAAUAAACCUAGUGAGCGAAAUGGUCGCCAAGCUGCGCUCGAACGUUUCCGAUAUUUUGUCGCCGAAAAUUCUACAAUGCUAGCACUUCUAGAAGAGCCACUGGCACAUCAAACAGAGCCUCAUCCAACAGUAACUGUUUUAAUUCGCGGUCCAUUUGGUAGACAUGCAUGGGUAAUGCAGCUUCGCCAUUUACCGAGACAUAAAUCAGGCAUUCGUAGUAUUAAUUCUAAACCAGGAAGACCAUUACCUCUAUCAGAUCCGGCACCUCGGUCAGAGUAUAAACCGAAAUUCUUCCCAGACAAUAUUGAUCGAAUCCCUCACUGUAAAAUAGAUGAAUCAAUACCAACUCUUGAAGCUGUUAUGAACGAAACUGAAGAACUCAAGCAUCAACAUCAAUUAUUUGCUCAAUUGUUGGAGCGACAAAUAGAAUUGGAAAAACGCCUAAAUGAAGAACUCAAAUCAAAAAAGAAUGACAAUUUCAAAGAGUGCGUACCUCCGGAAAACUGUCAAGAGUUUCAGACAGCAAGAUUAUUUUUGAGCCACUUUGGGUUUUUAAAUUUUGAAUCACAUGCUAACGAUGAAAAUGGUACUGGUGGGCUAAUCGCCUUAGACCAAAAAAUUCCUGGUUUUUGCACGGAUCUUGAAAAUCUCGACCAUAUAAGUCCGAGAACGUGCGAUACAGUUCAUGUAUUUUACGUCAAAGCUGGCCAAAAAAAUCCAUCAGAAAUUUUAACAAACGUCCAACAUCACAAUGAUGUAUCUCCGCACUUUCUUGAAUUACUGAGCUCACUCGGUUGGCCUGUAAACGUAACCACCCAUGCAGGGUGGACUGGUCACGUCUCCACGUCUUGGCGAGUUGCUGCGCAGCCUAGUAAUCCAAGUGCGUUAAGUUCUGAUCACGGUGGGGCAAUUUUUAAUGGUGAGACCCAUGUUUUGUAUUGGGCAGACGUGAGUUCAGAGAUCGCAUUCAUCGUGCCUACUGGGUCAGGCUUAACUCAAGUGCCGGAUAAUCUAGAUGAAGUUAGCUAUAAUAGUGAUACAAGUGCCGGGCAGCCAUGGUAUGAACGAAGUGUAAGUGAAGUUAGUACUCGAGUUGGGCCUUCUCAGCCCAGUGGACCCAGAACAAUGUCCUUGGACUUGGAGAAACAGCCUUCGAGUUUAACUGGCUCUGGCCCAUCAAGUGUUUCGAGUAAUCAGGAGCCUACAAGAACGAGACGAACAGCCAAACACUCUCUUCCUCGUCAAACGGACACUAGAAUUAUGAUCGUGUGGCUUGAAAGUUUAGAAGACUAUGUUAACUUUCCUAUUGCUGAACUUUUACCUUACACUCACACGGGGUUGGAGUCAUUCAGAGUUUUACAGCCUUCAGAUGUCCAUGUUAUAUUUCUUCACGCAUUAGGGAACGGAUUACUGAGAGUUAAGUUACAAGGGCCAGUAUCGAGAAUAAAUUUAGCAACUCCGUUGGUUGACGGUAUGGUAAUUUCACGAAGAGUACUAGGGACGCUAGUUCGACAAACAGCUUUAAAUAUGGGACGAAGAAAAAGACUCGAAAAUGAUAGUUAUCACCCGCCACACGUGCGUCGACGAUUAAAGAUUCAAGACAUAGUACAAAAGUAUAAAAGAGAUUUAUCACGACCAGAGUUACUCACUCUUUUGUUCAAUAAGACAUCAACAUAGAUCAAAAAAAAAAAAAAUAACUAUAAAUAUAUAAAUAUAUAAAUA